GACGCUUGGACGCGAAUGGACCUGGGGGGUCUCUCCCAACCUUUACCAUUCCAUGCUCUUCUCACUAGGCUCUCGCGUCAUUUCAGACGGGAAAGCUUCCUGUUUUAACCUCACGUAGAGUCUACAUGCAUGCUUCUAAUUUUAAAAGCUGCUUCAGGUGAAUACUGGGGGGCAGCAUCUGCCAACAGCAUUGCUAUUCAAUGUAAAGUACCGCGUAUUCAAAGGCAGAGCUGCCUAUUCCGAUACAUCAGCGUGUUCCUCGAUGAAAGCAUUCAAGGAAUUAAAUUGAAUUUCCAGAGGGAUGAAGCCUGCCUCUACAAGCCUCCUUUGAAGAGAAUACAAUUUUAAUCGGCUUGAGAGCUGGUGAGAUGAGACAUCCCCGACCUUUCCCAGAGAUUCCUGGGAACUUUCUGGCUAAAAAAUAUUAACACCGCGGCGCAGCGGGGAGCCGGCUCCCGGUGGGGAUGAGCCCGAAAGAAGUGGAAGCGCCGCCGCCCCCCGCCUUCCCGGCGGCUCUCGGAUGCGCUUGAUGCCGCGGGCGGCCGGGGCCGGAGGGCGAGGCCGGGCUGAGGCGCUGCCCGGGGCCGCAUGUGGAGCCAGGAGUCGCCCCCGGCCGGAGCGGGGCCCCGCGGCGGGCGGCGGGGGAGGGUCCGGCGGGCGGCCGGGCGCCUCCGCACGCACAGGUCUCCCAGUCAUGAAACGAAUUCUUCUGUUUUUUAUCCUGGCUGCUGCUGUUAUGUAUGGUAUACUGCAUGGAAAUCUGUGGAGAAAUAACCUCUACUGGAUUAGCUUUUAUGGACAGACUUCCUCUGUGGGGGCUUCUCCUUCCUAUGAGACUAGUGGAGUUACCCAGCUGCCACCUACAGCUGUGGAGAGAAGGAGCGCGCUGGACACUUGUCUCCUGAAACCAGCAUUUGAAUCUUUACUGGGUGUUGACAAAAUAUACCCAUUCCUGUGUGCUAAUGAUUUUAUCAAGGUGGCAGAGUUCCAAGGGAGCGAUAAGUUUGAACUACCUUAUGGAAUAAAGAGAGCAGAGCAAUUUUUUCGUUUAGCCCUUUCAAGACUGGAGAGCUGUGGACUUUCAAAUGAAGAUGACAACAUUGCCUGUCGUCGGUGUGUUGUCGUCGGUAAUGGAGGAGUACUUCGAAAUAAAACAUUAGGGGAGAAAAUUGAUUCAUAUGACGUCAUAAUAAGGAUGAAUAAUGGCCCUGUUAUAGGGCACGAAGAGGAUGUUGGGAGGAGGACGACUUUCCGCCUUUCUUACCCAGAAUCUAUGUUCUCAGAUCCCAUCCACUACGACCCUAAUACAACUGUGGUUCUCAUUGUCUUCAAACCACGUGACUUGAAGUGGCUUUGGAAGAUCCUAAGCGGUCAGAAAAUAAGUGAUAAAGGCUUUUGGAAGAAACCGGCUAAGAAUAUGAUAUACAAAUCUAGUCAAAUCAGGAUUCUUGAUCCCAGCAUCACCAGGAAAACAGCUUAUGAGUUACUUCGUUUCCCAACAAGGUUUCCUAAGAAGGAGAAACCCAAGCAUCCAACAACAGGGCUGAUUGCCAUUACACUAGCAUUUCACAUAUGCCACGAAGUCCACCUGGCAGGCUUCAAGUACGACUUCACUAACAGAAACAGUUCUUUGCACUACUAUGGCAAUGAAACCAUGUCUCAGAUGAUGCAGCUGCCAAACCCCUUAAAGGACAGAAAGAAGAGCAAAGGGAAAUGGAAGGAGUUAAGACCUAUGAACUUGCAGUUAGGAAAAGAACUGAAUUUUGGAAAUGGAAAGCAGAAAAGAGAAGCAGCUCUUGGAGGAGGAUAGGAAGAGAAGAAUGAAUAUCACAACAUCAGUGCUGAGCAGAAAUUCUUGAAGAAGCUUAUAGACAAGAACUUUGUGGUCAAUUUGACGUGAAAGCUGAAUGGAAAAUACAAAGAAGAAUCACUAUUUUCAAGAUUUGAAAAAUUUUUAUUUUUUGUAUGACAUUUUUAUUUUUUAAGUGCAGCAUAACUGUUUACUGUUUAAAAGGAGCCCAGAAACCUCACCAAGGCAGAAGCUUCUUCUAAGCCUGAGGGUAAUGGACUACUGCAAACAGAGUUAAUUGAAUUUCUGUGAAGCUAUUUAAUAGUGGGAAAACCGUGACACUUUCAGCUGAAAGUAUCAGGGAUAUAUAAAAAUGUGAUGCACAUCCCUUAUUUAUCAGUGAGAACUGUUUCCAAAUGAUGAUGUCCUCCAAAAGGGUUCCCCUGUCAAGAGACUGAGAUGACCAGUGUUUAAUUAGUAGAUGGAUGUAAAGUAUUGAGUAUUUGUCUUGUAGUAUGGAAGUGGCUUUAAAACUGUGCCUAUAAAUAAUUACUGUAUGUUUUGGAGAAGGGUGGACAUACAGAGUGUACAGGUUUUGCUCUGCCGUACUCCUGAGGAGAGGACAUCCACCGUCAGCAAAGAAGGCACGCGCAGCUUGUGCGCUGCCCAUCGACUCUGAACUGCCAUUUGCCUUUGCCAAAGGUGAAGACCCUUGGGUCCAGUUUGUGGAAAUGUUGAUAUUACAAUGCUUGUGGUGUACCCCUUUUAUGGAAGAAUCAUAUUCCCUGUGCUGUGCAUCGAGUAAAUUUUACAGUUGCUGACUUGACUUACAAAAGAGGGAGAAUGAAUACCGAAGAGUUGUCCGAACUACCCGCGUGUCAGGCACGCACAAUGGAAACGUGAGCUGGGACAGAUGUUCAUGCCUGAGUUUAGAGUCAAUGCUUGUUGGAUUCCUAGGUCUCCAGGGCAGGAUGUCAUGUAUUUUUCUGUUUGCUCCCCAAGAAUUGAGGUGGAUUUUUCCAAAUGAGCACAAUCUUCUUCUUCGGAUGCUGUAAUGCAUUUCCACCUUUGAAAUGCAUCAAUACAAGCAAUGAAGACUCCCAUUUUUGGCAGUAGAGUGUGGUAGGAAUAUCCAAGAUGUACCUCAGCUGAAUUACCAUUUGGCAUCUGUUUACCUCUCCUGUCCUGACGUUUAGAUUUAAAGUAUGUGGCUGAACUAAAUCAUUUAGCAAUGGGAAUUUACUUGAGAUUUUAAUUGAAAUUUAAUGGGGUGUUUAUGUUUUCUGUAUUGGUUUGUCUCUGACAAGCCUGUUGAAUAAAUUAAGUCUACCUGGGAAUGCACUUGACAAUUGUCAAAGAACAACAACAGUAAUGUGCUGUUCUGAUUCUUGCACAGGGUGUUGUAUUUGAAGUUUUUAUUUUAAUUGUGGCAGAUUUGUUGGAAGAUUUUGUGGUUAUCUUAAUCAGUCAUAUCUAAAAAAAUACAAAGAAGUCCACUUCCAAAAAAAAAAAAGUUUAAAGUUAGUUUAAAGUUUAAAGCAGUAAAUACCUUUGCUGCUUUUAAAUAAAAUUAUAUAGAUAGUGCAUUUAAGGGUAAUGCAAACAACUGCAAUAUGAAUACAAACCUCUAAUAGGUCAAGAGCAUGGUAUUUCUUCUUUUCAGAAGCUGAGGAUUACGAAAGUACUGAACCCAAUUUCUUUGCUGCAGCAAUGUAGAGGAAUAACCAAUGAAGUAACCAAAGAGACUUCUUUCUUUUUUCUAUUACUCUUGGGGAGUAGGUAUUUAAGACAAACAAGCACACACCUUCCCAUAGUUCUCAUUUCCAUCUUUAGCUCCUUGGCUCUGCCAUUUGGGAAUUAGCGAGAGCGAUGUGAUUCGGAGGGGUGCCACAGCUGAAGGGGAGGAGGCUUGUGUUUUCACCUGAGUUUUUGGUCUGUUUCAGGCAAGCUGGACAUACCUGAAAUAACUCCGGAUAUCAGAAAAAUCUGUGGCACGGGGUGGGGAAGGACCCAGAUGUGUCCCCAGCAAGGAACAGGCUGUACUGUGGUGUCUUGUCAGCUGUGUGUCCCUUGGGUGCAGCUGCAGUCCAGCCAUGUGCAGGGCAGCAGGCAAGAGCGUGGAGGAGAAGGGAAUCUGGGAGGUCCUAGAGCACCGGAGCAGGUAGUGGAAAUGGAGGAAAUCACAAUUUCUUCACCAGUUUGCAGAAGGGCUCUUACUCAAUUUUUUAUGUCUUUUUUUUUUUCCCCCUAAACGUGCACAUUUCUGAGGCUUUUAGGAGAACUUUGCUUAAAAAUCUGAAUACAAACAAAAAAUAGUGAUAGUGCUGUCUUCGUCUCUACCUGCAUUUAUUUCUCCUGGUUAUUUCAGUUAGUUAAAAAGGUUUGUAUGUCAGUCUGCAGCCCCAGACCUGCAGUGAUUUAAACUAUUGGCAGCAGUAGUAAUUCCAUGUGAGAACGAUGCUGUGGUAAGGCUGUUUGCAGAGGUUGCAGUGUUUUCCAAGCUCUUGUUGCAUAGAAGUCCUUGGUAGAUCUUAGACUGUGUUGAGAACUGAGGCAGGCAGAAGUGGGGGGCUGCCUCUUUGCUCUCAAUAUCUGCAGUCACUUCCAGAGCUGGGGCCCCCAGCUCUCCCAUGGCUGCUGCCACGAUCCAGCUGCAUCCGUGUAAUGUCUCUUAGUAUGCUCUCUGUAAGGAUUUUUUUCCUGGAGAGCUGUUGGAUUUGCUCCAGACACUGUGAGGAGAGUGCUUGUGGUGGAGCAAGCUGCUUCCCUCUGCUUCUCCACCCGUCUCCAGUGGCAGGAAGUGGGUAGGGAGCUCUGCUUUUGAGGAUGUGGUUAUUUUCUCUGCUUUAUUUUGUCUCCAGAGAUAUUCUUCCCAUUAAUCUAAACUGACUUUGUCUUCUGAUUCUCCUAAGUGGUUUUCUGCUUUUUGUGGGAGGGUGAGGUUUGGAUUCUAACUAUAGCAGAACAAACAAAAUAACUGAAAAAAAGGCUUCAUGGCAAACAAAUGGUGUCUCCCAAACUCUUUGUACUUAAAAUAGAUCCCCUUUUUCUUAAUCACAUCAACUUUAUUGGUCUCCCUAAGACACAUUUUUUUUUUAAAUAAUGCGUUUGGUAUUCUCAAGGCAUUUAAUACACUGUCUGCAGUUAUUUAUCUAUACUGGCUUCACCUUUUUAUUUUUUACAAAGUCUCUCUGUUUGUAUGAGUGACUUAUUUUUGAAAUUAAGCAAUACUCUCAGGGAUAUUUUUCCCCCACUUCUGGGCUCCUGCAGGGAUGUUCAGUCUGUAUAUGCCACUGUUAUUGUCCCAGGGUGACUGAGUAACGUUUAGAACCAAACCUGUGUACUUGGGACCGAGCCAAGAGCAGAUACUGUUGAAGAACCACAAAGUAUGAGACUUUUUUGAAAGCCCAUCUUGCAGACCAGUAGCUUUUCUCUUCAAUAAUAAGCAGUGAACCAAGUAAUUAAUUUUCCCCUCCAUGAGAUGUUUUGGUAGGAUUAUGUGUAGGCCAGCCCUGCUUCAUCACCUAUUUCACAUAAUUUCUGCUACUCUGCCUCAAGGACAGGUAUGGUUUUGGCACUGACUUUGUUCAGGCAGGAAUACCCAUGUGUAGUGGGUUUCUCAGCAAUGUUCACGGAUCACAGUGUCUGUUCUGUCUGGGCACACGUUUUCACGGGUGUACUGCAGUACCAAAGACUUUACUUUGGGCUUUUAAUAAAAAACAAUAAUGCUAACUCCAAAUAUUUAGGUUGUUUCUGAGAGUGAGGUGCUAUAAAGAAAGACUUUCUUCUUCCGUUUUUGCCACUCCUGAAAGUGAAAUCUCUGCACUGAAACUUCUCUUAAUAAGCUAUCCAAUUUUUUUUUAUCACAUCAGGGGCAAAGCUGCCAAUUUUGGAUCCCAGGGUGCUGCCAGCUUUAUUUCCACAUCUGGUAACAGUGUCUGUAUAGGUAUCCAGUGUCUCCUAUAAUUUUUCUUUCUCUACCAGUUGUGAAGUGAGAUGCUCUCCUCCCAUCUUACUCUGUCCCGUUCCCCAGCAGCCUGCUGAAUUUCAAGAGAACAGCAUCUUACAGCAAAGGUGCUUCUGCAUUUUAUCUGCUACCCCCCUCAAAAGAGUGCCCAGUCAGAAAGCCCCAGCUCUAAGAUACCAAAAUAUGCAGUGAACGGGCAGGAUGACACGUGUCAGCUGAAAGCUUUGUUUGGCUCAGACUUUCAGGUUCGCUUUUUUUUUUUUGUUUGUUUCCUGUUGGGAAAGUAUUUUUUCCUCCAUUGUAAUAAUUAAGGGAAGUACUGAGAUAUUUUAAGAAGGAAGGUCAUGGACUAUUGCACUAAAUGUGAAUCUGAGAGUGCCUAGAAGAUGUUACUAAAUUACAUUUCCAGUGACUGUGUUGGUGGUGAUAAUACAGAAUCACAACUUUGAUGUUUAAAAAUUAGCAUAUGGUACUUCUUGUUUUCUAUGCCAUGCUUUCCUUUUUAAUAAUGCCCUGGGGGGUAGUAUCAAUAGCUUAACUUUUAAGUGGACUCUGAUUUUUAAGAACAUACUAAACUCAACGUGUUUUUGGUAUCAGUAAAUACUUAUUUUAUUUACCAUUUGUCUUAAGUUUUAUACGCCUUUAAAGUGCCAGCUGUAUUUUGAAGACAUUCUUACAGUUGUUUCAAGUGAAAUUUUGAAUCCUAAAAAUUUAGAAAGAGAUUAUUUUCCUGUGAAUAAACUGUUAAAAAGA